ACAGGGUGGCAGCAGGGAGCACGGUCCCCAGGGAGCUGCAGUGCCGACAAUUAAACACAGGGUGGCAGCAGGGAGCACGGUCCCCAGGGAGCUGCAGUGCCGGCAGUUAAGCACAGGGUGGCAGCAGCGAGCACGGUCCCCAGGGAGCUGCAGUGCCGGCAGUUAAGCACAGGGUGGCAGCAGUGAGCGCUGCGCGCAUGCGUUGGGUCGCUGUGCGGGGGGCGGAGCUGGCGCAUGCGUCCUGCUCUGCCGCCUCGUUACGCAUGCGGGGCCGGGGCCGUGCUGAGAGGCCUGCGGGGGGAAGGCUGCGGCGGCAGCGGCGUGGAGCGGCAGCGGGGCCGGGCCGGGCCGGGCCGAGGAGGGCUUUGCAGUGCCGCACACGCUCAGAGGACAGGUCCCUGGAUUGCAGUGCUGCUCCAAUGGCCUGUGGUGGCUGCAGGCAGCCGCGGCCCGGGGAGCCCAAGACUCAGCGUGUGGAAGGGUUGGGAGCAGCCCUGGGUGCCUGCAAGGAUUCGGGAGGUGAGCAGAGCAGGCCCGAGCAGGUCUGAAACCCUGCCACGGAGAGGCACAGGCCCCGCAGCAGUGCCUGCAUUUCAGCAGCUGCCCAUCGGAGCUAAGCACAGCCUCGGCUCAGAGCUCAGGAGCAUGUCUGCUGGGCAGUGCUGGGGGCCAGGCAUCCCUCCUGUGUGUGCAUGGCCCACAUGGCAGCACCCUGCAGUCAGAGCUGACUGUGCACUGGAGGUGGAGUGUUGGAGUGGGAUCAGCUCAGAGCUCUGCAAGGUUUGCACUUUGCUUUCCACUCCACUGGCCAAGCCAGCCAGAUGUGCAGCAGCAGCAGGAUGGGCACGAGGGCCCCAGCUGCUGCGGUGAAUCCGUCAGCACGGACGCUGGUGCCGCUGCAGCCUGGCCCUGCAGCCUGGCAGGGUGAUCUCCUUUGGCUCGGCUCCUGUGGGCUCCAGGUAGGGUUUGUCUGUGUCUGCCAGGAGGGAAGGGUUGAAAAGGAGAUUGCUCAGUCAGAGCUCUGACCUAGUAGCUGAAGAUUCUGUCCAGUGCAGAUGCUGACAGAGCAGCUGGAUGAGCAGAAAGCCUCUCGUGCAAACGGCUGUGGAGUGCUUCUCUCUGUUCCCUGCUGCUGGGAGGUGCUGACAGGUUAGGGUUUGCAGGGAGGCAGAUCUCGCGGAGAAGGGCUGAACUCACUGUGCAAGGACACUGCACAAUCCAGUGUGGAUCAAAAGCGAGUGACAACUUUAUUUAGUAGCCACACGCUUAUAUGUGUUACAGAUAAUUUAUGCAUACAUGUAAGAAGCUAAAUGGCUGAAUCCCUAAAUACCCCAUUUGCUCUGCUUGAGUUGUCUGCUGACUCGUCAAGGACAGUGCCUCCCUGGCUAGUUAUAUUAAAUGCUGCCUUUGUUUAUUCAA